UGCGUAUAUACACAAGGAACAUUGGCAGAAUCAUGCAUAAGGGUUUGAAACCUAAAGUAAGUUCGCCACAACACCAUAGUAAGGAGGUUUCAGGGCAAUUCAUUCCAAGGUCCAUACCCCAAUCGUUUUCCAAUUUAACCGCUCUCAACGACUU